UUGAAAGGUUAUGGAAGAAGGAAAGUCAUUAUUGGAAAAAGUAAACGAUUUUCCGCUUGACAGAAUAGGACACUAUUUUUUCUGGAAUGUGUUUCUCUUUCUGGAGCCAUGGACCCUGGGUUGUCUCAUCCUGAAAAUUUAGAUCAGGAAAGAAAACCUGGAUGUAUUUGUAAUCCAGAGUCAGGAAAUCUCUGUGUUCAGAUACUUUCAAAUAAUCUGGAUGAAGGAACAACACAAGGAAGCAUCGAAACCCCCACGGUUUCAGCUACAGAUGAACCAAACCUGAGUGAAAUUCACUCAGGGGACUGUUUGGCUCAAGAACCUUUGCUUAAUGAACAUUUUAAUAAACUGUGUCCUGAUGAAAGGGAGCACACUGUGUCAAGGACAGAGAGGACAGGUGGUGGGAUCAGCAGGACACUUGGCCGUCCGAUUCGGGAACCGACUGACUCUGCGUUAGAAGAAUGCCCGAUUUGCACCGAACCCUACCACUCCCAGGGUGACCAUAGCGUAGCGCUGCUAAACUGUGACCAUACCGUGUGCCAGCGCUGCUUGGCCAUCAUGCUCAAACGGGCAGCAGACUGCUCUCGAGUACAGUGCCCCCUGUGUCGUCAGAAAACCCCACUUCUACAGUGGCAGAUUUACAGGCUUCAUGAGGAUAUCACAUUCUGUACUCGUCCUCCAGAUCUCUCAGACCUGACGACACAAUCAGAACCAGAAGUCGGUACAGGGUUCUGUUCGACUUUGGAGCAGUGUUUGCAGGUGCGUGCUGAGACGGCACGAGUCUGUGGAUGUUUCGAGCAUCCUCGUGGAGUCAUGCAGGCCAUCCGGCGUAUGCAGAGACGCUGCCGUUGCUGCUAUGUGACGUUGCUCUUGAUGCUGUACAUGGUAGAGCUGAGCUUUCUGUUGCUAGUUUUUCUGCCCGUCCUAGUUCUUGUACUUCUGUUCACUCUUGCAUCCUAGAUUAAAAAUGUGACCCAGUGCUAAGGAAUGGCAUGGCACAAAAAACUGCAGUUUAUAGACAGGUACAGGCUUGUAAAAAAUGUGCAUAAAGAAGCACGAUGUGACUUUUGACCAUACUGUAGCUUGCAAAGCAUAAUACAGCUAUAAUUAAACUUUCCUAUUUUCAACCAUUCUAAACUCCUGCUGUUGAAACCAGAUCUUUUUUUAUUGACUUGUUCUAGACAUAGGAUUAAAAUAGAAAACUCUAACUGUAAAAGGAUGAGUUAUGAAAGCAUAGCAGCAGUAUGGUAAUGUGUUAGUGUUUAUAUACACUGAUCAGCCAAAGCGGUAAAACUAUUAACAUUAAGACCACCUUUAGAUUCUUUGGGUGCUGUGGGUUGCGAGUUGGGGCCCCUGUGGAUCCGACUUGUUUAUUUGGCGUUUAAGUGGAUUGGGAUUUUGGAGAUCUUGAAGACAUUGGAAGUCGAUGUUAAUUUUUUUCAAUUAUUUUUGCUGCAUUGGCUUUUCUAUGGGAUUAGACUGGACAGGCUGGCCUUUGGUGAGUCUUGAGUGUCAGUGAUCCUGUCACCAGUUUGCUGGUGUAUAGUUAGUUUAUGGUUCAUAUAGUCUAUGUUGUUUCGUUUGUCUGGUGGUGGUGGUGUUGA